GGAACGCGCCCUGGUUAGGAGGCCGCGCGUGCUGCUGGGGAUACAACUUGUUCAAAUCUACAGCUCAAGGUCGUUGACAGCCCUCAAUACCUUGGAUUUCAGGAAUUUCCUCUCCCAACCCCCCUCCCCCCUCUGUCAAAGCAUGGCUCAGGAGACCAAUCAGACGCAAGUGCCAAUGCUUUGCACUAUGGGAUGCGGUUUCUAUGGUAACCCCCGCACCAACGGCAUGUGCUCCGUCUGCUAUAAGGAACACCUGCAGAGACAACAGGGAGGGGGGCGAUCCAGCCCUCCUGGAGAGAAAGCUGCUACUUCACCAUCAGGAUCACCGACAUCCGCUAGUGUAACUGUGGAGGACACAACCUCAGAGCUCAGUACAGAAGCAGCAGGGACCCCACCUGAGGAACAAACAACAGGUCCCAGUUCUCCGAGCCCAGUAACCCAACAGAUGACAGCAAUGAGCAUCUCUCAAGAUUCGGGGACCGUAGAUUCUGAGCGAGCUGUUGCUGAGGGAGAAGAAGAGGAAGAGGAUGAGGAAGAGGAGGGUACAUCCAGUAGCACAGAACCUGUGGGUGAUGGAGCACAAGCUUCCUCUGAUGGUGACCAAACCCCCGAUAAAAACAAGAAAAAGAACCGAUGUUUUUCCUGCCGGAAGAAAGUGGGCCUUACUGGUUUCGACUGUCGCUGCGGCAACCUGUUUUGUGCCAUCCACCGCUACUCUGACAAACACGACUGUCCAUAUGAUUACCGGAGCGCAGCAGCUGCACGCCUACGCAAGGAGAACCCCAUCGUGGUAGCUGAGAAAAUCCAGAAAUUAUGAGGACUAAGUGCAAUAAAAGUCUCUGAGACUUUGUGAAUUUGAACAAUGGUGACUUGGAUGGGAAAAAAGCAAACACCUGACAUCAUGGCUUCAUUUUGUUCAAGAUAGUCAAAGGCGGACAGGGGGCGACGUGGUCGCACUAAAAAUCAAGACACAUCCCUCACUAGCGAUCCCCUUCCUCUCUCUCGCUUUCUCUCAGCUUGUGACUGCAGCUAAAUCUGAGAGUGUCUGUGUUUUAGGAUUGAAUGAAAGUGUGUGUGUUUGCAUAUAUCUGCUGGAGAGUUAGGGAGAGAGUUAUAGGGGCUGGAUGGAUGUUUGUUUUGCCAUGGGGAGGGUGGGAUUUUAUUUGACCCCUUUUUGAUUCUCAACUUGGAGGGAUCGUGAGUAUUUUUAUUUUUUGUGCAAUCCCUUUAGGUAGUUGAAAUAAACUGUGGAUAAGCUGUUUGGGGAGUGUGCCACAGCCUGGAUAAUGACACAGGAUCCUUCAGAAGGUUUAGUUAGUUUAAAAAAAAAAACACAUUUUAUGUGUAAGAAUCUUUUUAAGGGCUUUGGAAUAUUUUUUCUUAGACUUUAAAAAACCUAUAACCUUUCUAUUGACAUUGCUUUUUUCCUUUUUUUUUUUCUUCACCCUUCUUAAAUCUUACGCUGUGGAUUACCACAUGUGGAAGUCCAAAGGCUAGCGUUUUUUCAGAUUUCUUUCUGUUGACCUGUAUGGAUGCCGGGUGCAUGAUUGGGGAGGGAAAGGUCAGGGCAGUCAGAAAACCUUGACUUAACCGAGUGGCUGAAUCCCUUUGUUUUCUGUUUUGUUUUAAUGAGCGUAUGACAUCAGAAGAUCUAUAUUAAUAUAUUCUAGUUAGCUUGAAUUGUGUGAUUGCAUUCUAUUUAUUUUAUAUUGGUUGGUGUGUGCUGGAGGAUUGGCGGCAUGUGUCAGCAAAUUGUUAGGAAUUGCACUUUGCAGUUAUAUUUAAGUAAUUCCAUCUUUAAUCUUUAGCUAUGAAAGUAAAACAGCUCAUAUGGAUUGGGGUGCAGUUCCACUGCCUCUAUGCAGUAAAAUUAAGUUUUUUUUUGUUUUGUUUUCUUUCUUUUCUGUUAAACAAAGCACAACAACUGAUAUCAACUGCAGAGCACAAAACAUGUGCCACUCCUACUUGGUUUCUUUCAGCGUCUUGGUCGUGUUAAGUUUAUAUCUGAGCUGUAGAGCAGGCUCAGAGGAAAAUUGCCUUGUUCUAGUGAUGAGGUGUUCUAUUUGAGCUUUUCCUACGAAGCCUUUAUUUGUGUGUGUUUGUUGUUUGGAGUCAGAGUAGGGCUCCAUGUUUCUCUAACCACCAGCAGACCACUGACACAUGCUGAAUGAAAACCGAAGUGGGUCGCAGUUAAGCUACACACAGGUAAAAACAUGUUCCGCUCAGCUACAGCAAAGAUUGUCGCCAUGCUGUGCUUUUUACAUUGCGCUCUGAUUCAGAUGAGUCCUUCUGCAAAGAUCGCUUCUGGCUAGCUUGUUUUCGGGAAACUCCAACCUAAUGCAUGUGUGCAGUUGGACAUGAAUCACUGCAUAGUGGGAAAACUUUGGCGUUGCCAUGACGAGAAGGCGACAUGGCAGGAGCACAAUGCAUGGCUGAAACCUUUAGGGUUUAAACAAGGACGACUGAACAGUUUAGGAUUUUCUUUCCAAAUGUAAAUAACAUAUGGCUCCACUGCAUAUAGUAUAAUCUUUAUGUAGAUUAUUGCCAGGUAAUUAAGGUGAUGGAUUGAGGUGAAGAAUAGUAAUGUGUAUUAAAAGUGCUUUUCAUAAUUAUCCCAAAAAAAAUAAAAGUGCCCUUACUGGCACUGACAAUUUUACCAAUUUAUUACCCAAUUUAAUGUACAAUUAUUACAUGUAAAAUUCAGUGUUUUCUGUAGACACCCACUACUUGUAUCUUUACAAAGUCUUUCAUUGUCUGUUUUCUUAUUUUUUCUUUUUUUUAAACAAUCAUAAUCCCACAACCAUCCAUAAGCAUUUAAUAUUCUUCACUUACUCUGUAUCCCAAUCCUGUUUAAAAGCUUAAAAAAAUCCCUCUUGUCAUUCAGGUAGCAUUUGACGUUUAACCUUUCCAUUAUUUACACUUUUCCCUUAAACGUUGCUUGAUUGUGAUGAUGAAAUAUUUAUAGAAGAGCCGUUUAAAAAAAAAAAAGCUGCAAAGAAAAUGGAACCUUUUUUUUUUUUUUUUGUUAAAGAAGCCAAUGCAAAUUGUGACCGAUGUGACGCUUUUCUUCUGAGACGAGUUUCGCUUUAACUCCUUGAUUUUUGAUUUCCUGACAUGUUUGAAUGGCUGCUGGGGUGAGGACUCAGCACGCCAGCGACAAACCCAUUUUACCUGCGUUAGGCUGAGCAUCUAUAAACCCUGACUGUGAUUAAUUUCUCCUGCCAUUUUGCAUCUAGUGGAAAAUUGAAAUUCAGACGGUGGGUGAAUCUUGGGUGAUGACGAGACAAAAAUCUGACUUGCUUUACAACUUCUAACUGCCUCAUCCCUGAAUAUAAAAACAUAAUUCCCAGACUUUCAGAUGUUUGAUAGAAAACAUUUAGUUCUGCUCUACAGAUGAUUUGUGAAAUGAUUUUUAUGCUGCAUAAAUCAUGAGGGUUCCAUGUUUGUGUUGCUUAUUAAGGACUGCUCAUAUCAGUAUCCAAACCCGAUAGACAUGCUUGUUAUAGUUUGGAGCAGUUUGAAUGUAAACUACAAGAUUUCUCACAAAACACGAUGUCAAUUAAACUGACUAUUGGGAUUUUAUUUUGACUGUUUCAGGUUGAGAAGGGAUACCAAGUUGUCCUUUUUUUAUUUUUAUUUACAUAAACCACAGUUGAACCACUAACAUUGUUUAGAUGGUGAUUUGGCACCAGCAGUUAGGGAUGGCAUUCUAGUCUCCACCAUUACAUUAACCUUUUUUUUUCUUAAUAUUGAUUAUGUGCAGCUGUCUUCAAUUCAUUAAAAUAGAUCUGUUUAUCAUUUGAGGGGGGGUUGAUUGACAAAGAUAAAUCUGCAUCUUACGCCUCCAGUUUAAGCUCUGGUUCACAAAAGCAAGUUGAGAUUAUUUUGAUCACUGUCAUUGAAGCUAAAUUGUAGAAAUUUCAAUUGAAACUAUUUGUUCAGAGAUCUAGUUCCUGUCCCUUUGCACUCCAGUUCCCCAGAGAAACCACCACAUAAGAUUUUUUUUCCUUUUUUUUUUUCUUUUAAGAGUUAGGAUUGUAUGAUGUGUAAAAUUAAGUAUAAAACAAUAAAAUCACAAAGUUUAU